ACCGAGUCCAAACCGAGCCGUCAGAGCCUCAGGAUGACCCGUCGGGCCCUUCUAGUUCCUCUCCUGCUGGGGCUGUUUGUCCUCGGAGCCGUCGCUCAGGAGGCCGGAGGCCCAGAAACCCCCCCAUCACCCCCGCUGGGCGAAGCCUCCAACGGCACCCAGGCGAGCGAGGAUGAGGAGGACCAGGAAUGGGGGAUGAACUCCCUGAGGGGAAGCUUCGAGGCGGUCAGCGGGUACUUCGACUCCAUGCUGGAGUUUAUGGGGGGACGAGACGGUGUGUGCCAGUACCGCUGCAGGUUUGGUAAAGCUCCUCUUCCUCGUGCUGGGUACAAGGCGCCCGAGCCCGACGGCUGCAGCUCCUACUUCUUUGGGCUUCCUGUUCCAGACGGGAUGGACGUGGGCAUUCCUGCUAUGACCAAGUGUUGCAACCAGCUGGACAUGUGUUACGACACCUGCGGCUCCAACAAAUAUCGCUGCGACUCCAAGUUCCGCUGGUGCCUCCACAGCAUCUGCUCCGACCUGAAGAAGAGCCUCGGCUUCGUGUCAAAGGUCGAAGCAUGUGAAACUGUAGCCGACACCCUGUUCAACACGGUGUGGACCCUCGGCUGCAGACCCUACAUGAACAGCCAAAGAGCCGCCUGCUACUGCCAAGGAGAGGAAAAAGAUGAACUUUAGAGAACAGAAAUCUUAUUUAUAAAACCAGAGUUCCCUUUCAGUCAGCUGUGACUGCUUCAGUAAUUUAUUUGAACCUUUUUGCGUUUAUUUUCGUUAACGUUAUUCUUCAAAAUAAAACUCAGCUGUACAGUCUGUGAUUUCAUUUCAGAUCAGGGUUUGGGGCACCGAGCGUUUGUUCCAUUGGAAAGAUAAAUUAUUUUAUACUGACUGAAGAUUGAGCUCAGUUUUAUUUACAAACAAAACAAGAGGGCUCAGAACACAUCCCUGGCGGACACCACAGCCUAAAAAGAUGUCUGAUGAGGAGUGGUGACCUUGAAGGACAGAAAUGAUCUGUUGUUUACUGUUGAGUAUGUACAACAUGAAUGUUAAAUAUGUGUGUAAAAUAAAAAUAUACAAAAAA